AUGGCCCCGGCUCUUCUCACGACUUCGCUCACCAUUGCUGCGGCCCCUUUCCUCUUCUAUGCAGUGUUCCUCGGUGUCGCGACAAUUCCCUUUGUGCAGCGCCAUGCAUUGUACGCUCACAAAAUAAACACCCUGUUUCUGUAUGACGUGAAUGAGCCUACUUACUGGGGCUUCGCCAAGAACCAGGUGACGCCAUUUACUCUCACAACAUCAGAUCAAGAGUCACUAUAUAUCUGGCAUAUCCUCCCUCUUCCUCUAUAUUACAAAAAUGAAGACAACAUGGCCGCCCAGUCCUCGGGCUUGUCGACCGAUGUCACCAAAACGGAGGCGUUUAAACUACUAAAGAGCGACCCCAACGUGAAGCUGGUUAUAUCAUUUCAUGGAAAUGCUGGACACGUUGCUCAAGGCAUGAGACCCGAGACCUUCCACGCACUGACCGAUGCAGGCUCAUAUCAUGUAUUGUCCUUUGACUACCGCGGGUUUGGCUACUCAACUGGCGUGCCAAGCGAGGCCGGGCUCAUUCAGGAUGGUUUUACCUUGGUUGAAUGGGCUAUGAACGUUGCAGGCGUUCCUCCCAGCCGCAUCGUCAUUCUUGGCCAAAGCCUGGGCACAGCCGUCGCCAGCGCUGUCGCAGAGAAAUACUCUGGAAAGGGCGUUGAGUUUGCAGGCAUCGUCCUCGUCGCUGGUUUUAGCGAUCUUGCCACCAUGAUUGGUGGCUACCGCAUGGGCGGCCUCGUGCCGCUGCUCGGCCCUUUCAGCUACUGGCCAGGUUUUGUCAAGCUGUUGGAUCGAUUCAUCGUUGACAAGUGGCACUCGGCAGAUCGCAUAGUCAACAUUGUCCGUCGGACGAAGACUCGUCUUCGGCUAAGUCUGCUGCAUGCGAAGGACGAUGCUGACAUUCCCUACACCGAAGACAACAAGCUCUUCAAAGCAGCCGCCGGCGAACUUGUCGGCGACAUUGACGAAGCGGAAUUCCACGCCAUGAAGGAGCAGAGAACAAUUCAGAAAGGCAAAGACUCGGCAGUAACAACCUGGAAAGCGGAUCCAGAUAUGAUCAUUCGACAGGAGCUGAUUCCCUACGGUGGGCAUAAUAACAUCAUGGGCUCUUCUAAUAUGAUUAUGGCCGUCCUGCGCUGCUUUGAUGAUUAA